AUGAAGAUAAUCCUAAUAGACAGUAAUCCAAUAAUCGUCAAAUGUUGGAAAUUGCAUUACUCACACAUAGUCAAAUACAUCAGUAGGCACAACCUCCAGCUAAUAUAUCCCCAUGACUAUCAAUUUCAUAACCUCACUAUCGAAGAUAUGAUCAAGAGUCAGACCUUCACCGGAACGACAUCAGUAGUUACCCCAACAAACAGUCUAUGUUAUAUGGGUGGAGGAUUCGAUUUGUAUUUACUCAAGGGAAUGCUAUUGGGUACAAAUAUCACCAGUUAUAAGCACAUUGAGAAUAUCUUGCAGCACCACCAGAUGACCAAGCAUCACGGAUACUUAUCCCCUAAUACAAUCUACAAGAUUGACUUAGUCAAAGUGUUUGAGAAUCAGUACGACUACAAGUCAUCGACAAUAUACCAGAAUUGGAACCUUGUAGAAAUGGCCCAGUUACCCACUAUGGUUGUUCCCGAAAUGAUACAUCGAAUGACUCACAUAUUCGAUGGGUUAUGGAAUCUACUCCAUGAAUAUCAUGGCGAUGCAACAGAUAUAGACAAUUUGGUCAUACCAGGCAUAGGCACAGGAUAUGGCCAUUUAGACGAGUAUGAGCUGACUAAACUCAUGAUAUUCACUUUCUUCAUCUAUAAUCUAAAACUAGACUCUACCAGACUAGACCAACUUAGAAAAUCUUGUCUUAUUUUAUUCUUCUUUAACAAGGAUUACCAUCAUUUGAGGAAUACCAGUGAUAUUGAAGAGAUUGAAAAUUGUAUUGUCACCGGGUAUGGCAAGGAAAAGAGAAAGAACUUGAAAGAAGACACAAUUAUGGAGUUCGAAGAGUUGUUCAAGUGUGUCAAGAUAGACUAA